UCAAAUCUAAUAUAUAAGUCGCUUGCUAUUACCUCGUGCAACCGGCCAUAUUGCUUUGAAUGAUUGAGUGAAUAAGAGAAGGCUAAAGUAGCCAUAAAUAAAUCUUCCAACAUCUUCGAGUUGUGAAGACUUUUCCUAUAUUUAACCAUCAUGGAGAAUUCGUACGGAAUUGGUGUCGCCAAUAGGUACGCGCUUUUUUUGGACGACGAAUCCGAUCCCUUGGAAACGCUUUCAUUGAAAGAACAAGAGAAGGAAUUGAAAAAAAAGAGUAAGAUUGCCGAGAAGGAGAAUAAAGUGAAAAUUCCGACUGCACCCAAAGGGAAAACAACCCCUCCUCAGAAAAAACAGGGGAAAGAUAUAAAUAAGAAUUUAGAACCCAAACGUGAUGAAACAAAGCCUACUCAAAGGAAUAUUGGGGAUGGAAAAACCGAUAAGGAACGAAAUAAUUUCAAUAAAUUUAAUAAUGAAAACCGGGAAGAAAGAAAUAACAGACGAAAUCGCGAAGAUAGAACUUACAAUGGACCUUCAGAAAACAAGGACCGUGAUGACAGGACUAGGAAAGAUCCGGCAACUGGAGGAGACAACUUCGAAAAUCGCAACCGUGACCGAGGAGAUCGACGUGAAUCGCGCGCUAUAGGAAAUAAACCAGGUGGUACACGUGGUCCAAAAAGGAAUACUGAUGUAGAAAGAAGAGGCAAAAGAGAAUUUGAUAGGCAAAGUGGAUCGGAUAAGACCCAUGGUUACAGAGGAGUUAAGCCGGUAGACAAGCGUGACGGAGCUGGAGCUCACAAUUGGGGAUCUCAUAAGGAUGUUAUUGAGGAAGAAUCUAGGCCCACUAAUGACGCUAAUGAAAGCUGGGGAGACGAAGUAAAAGUAGAUACUGUGGAAACUGAAAAGAAAGAGGAAGUCGAAGUGGAACCAACUCCAGUAGAAGAGGAACCUAAAGAAUUAACACUAGACGAAUGGAAAGCUCAACGUGCAGGUCGUGUUAAGCCUCAAUUCAAUAUUAGGAAAGCUGGAGAAGGAGAAGACCCAAGUCAAUGGAAAAAGAUGUUUGAACUUAGGAAAAAAGAAAAAGAUGAGGAAACUGACGACGAGGAAUAUGAUGCUUCUGAAUAUCCACAACGUGUUGGGCGACAAAAGCAUUUGUUGGAAAUUGACAUUCAGUUUAAUGACAGUGUACGCAGAGGAGGAGGACGUGGAAGAGGACAAAGAUCUGGAGGUCCAAGAGGUGGAAAUAGAGGUGGCAAUCGAGGUGGAAGAGAUGGUAGGGAUGGAAGAGAUGGCAGAGAUGGUAGAGAAGGAAAAGAAGGAGGCGAACGGCCAGAGAGACGUUACCAUAAUGAUGUUCAGGAUGACAGAAACGAGGCUCGUCAAGCCCCAAAAGUUGACGAUGAACGUGACUUCCCCUCUCUCGGUUAAAUGUCGGCCCAAAAAGAGUCGACCAAUAGUUAUUAUCAGCUAUCUAGUGAUUUACUAUGGGACGACUAUCAUCACAAUAAACAAACUGUAUAUUACAAUUUAACUACUUUGUUAUGUCGGUACGAAAUCUGUAUCGUAGACAAGACAGGUUUUAGAGUUUCUUAGUAAUUUUUCAAAUAAUCUAAUGGAGUUUCUUUAAAAAAUAUAAUACUUUGUAUCAAUUCAACUUGGCGACUGCCGAAAGUCUGAGAUUUUUGGGAGACAGCCUCACACGAGCGGCAGGCGGCGCUUCAAUUGUGGUAUUUUUUAGAGAAGCACCCAGUUUUUCAGUGUAGACUGGAACACCCUGUCGGGUGGUGAUUACUAGUCAGUGUUACACUGCAUUGUUAACGGUUUCAUUUUGUGGCUGCUGCUCAUGUUAGUGUCAACAUUUCUUUCAGACACUUCGAAUUCUUACAUACAGGAUGUGUCACUUCAAAAGAGAUUUUUGAAACAAUUUUUUUAAAGUGUUUAGGGUUUUAAGAAGAUCAGUUUUAAAUAGGAGGUUAUUGUGAUACACCCUGUAUGGUUUACAUAUAUUGCAUUUUUUAUGAAGAUUGUUUCAAUUAGCUCAUACGUGAUUUUAUUUAUGGAGAAUAUAAACAAAUAGUACGUUUGUCUCGAUUUAACAUUCUUUUCUCUAUUGCUUAUCCGCUUAAUAAGGAUUAUUUAUACAGAUUGUAGCAUCAUCUAAUUGAUAUAUUUUAAAUUGGAAGCCAAUGUUGCUGUCUCUGUUAAAUGCGACGAAGAUUUUGAUAUUUGAGGUGAAAAUAAUGGUAGUAUCUUUUUUUCCCAAUAGUAUGAUAAAUAUUAGCAUGAAUUACAGACUUGUUCAGUAAAGUCAAUUUACAUAAUAUAUAUAUAUACAUAAUAUAUAUAUAUAUAUAUAUAUAUAUAUAUAUAUAUAUAUAUAUAUAUAUAUAUAUAUAUAUAUAAUAUAGUUUUCGUAGCGGGAAUGUGGCAAAAUUAAACAUAAAGUUGUUCUCUAAUAUAUUCGAGCUUUCGAAUACUUGUUUAUUCAUCAUAUGGGAAUCAAUUAGCUAAGAAUUGUAUUAUAUUAUUUAGAAAAAACAUUAGAUUCAUCAAUUUUCAAAUUGACGCAUGAUAGGAGUCAAUUAGAAUAAGAAAUUACAAUUCUUAACUAAUCGAUUCCCAUAUGAUGAAUAAAUAAGUAUUUGAAAGCUCUGAAUAUAUUAGUUAGUACACUUUGGUGUCUAAUUUUGCCACAUUCCCAUUAUGAAAAUACUAAUUUUUUUGUAGAUGUUUACAAAAUCCUUCAUAUUAUGUAAAUAUUUAUAUAUAUAUUAUAUUUUUUUCAUAGAUUGUAUGUAAUAUAGGGAACUAAUAGUUGCUACCAAAAAUUUGAACUUACUUAUUAUUUUAAUAUUUGUAUGAUUUUGUAACUUUAAAUGUGAAAAUACACGCCUUCGUCCAUUUAUGUAUCUUCCUUUAUGAAUAAAACCAUAAAAAUACAUUUGGAACAUACUUACUUUGUAUCAUAUUUUUUUACUAUUUGACUGAUUAAUCAAAAAUUUUCGAGUACACAAGUAAACAAAUCAGAAUUUAUUCAAUUGUGUAAUUUGUAUUUUCAUUUACUUUAUAGUGACUGUUAUAUUGAAAAACAACAUUUUCGAGUAGUUAAACGUGUAUGAUACACAAGUUUCUUCAAUAAAAUGUUUUGUUGUAACAAA